GAUUACCAAACGCUGGAGAGGAGUUCUGUAACAUGUCUCGGCUUUAACAUUGUCCUGCUGUCCCACUGAAGGAAGAAGCGUCUGUGGGGGAACAAUCAACCAUGAAGUCCAUGGCGUGUAUCUCCACAUCUGUCAGAGCUGCUUGUCAACAUGCGUCCUCCUGCUUCCCCCUGAGCCGGGGUCUGGUGGUCUGCACUUCGGUGGGCACUAACGUGAAUUUCGCUUGCAAACCAGUCAUUGCGCAACAGCCGCGCGUCACCGACGUGCGCUGUUUCCAAAAAACGCGCAGAGCAUCGGUGCAGUCCGCGAUCCCCGCUCCUCUCAGCCCUCGGGUGCCGGUACCGGUACCGGGAAGGAGAGACUCUGAGCUCCCCAUGUACCAGGCUGUGAGACGCGUGCCCGGUACAGUGUCAGCAGGCGCGCUCCCUCAGCUCUCUCCAUACACUCCGUACACCAGCCCGCAGGGGGAGGCAGCCGCUCUGGUUCAUCUGCAGUCUCUGUUUGAAGAGGAUGUCAUACACGACCUGUGCUCCAGACUGUCGGGCCUUCCCAGCAGUGAGCGGGCAGAGGGGCUGGCCACGUUACUGGGAGCGUGUGUUGAGUUCGGGUUGGAGGCCCACAGCCCUCCGGUUGUCAGGCUGAUGAAUGAGUGCCUGGAGCUGCUCUCCCAGAGGAGCGUUGGGAUGCCACAGCUUUGCCACCUGGGUGAGGUGGCGUGUGCCCUGGAAGGCCGCCAGUCACCCAUGGUGUCGGGGGUCCUGGACUCCAUUGGCACGGCUUUAGAAGAGGACGUGGUCUCUCCCAGCGAGGCCUCUGCCAUCUACUCCCUGCUGACUCUGUUGCACGAGCCUGGCAGCCGGCAGCAGGCGCUGAUUCUGUCCGCCCUGCACAGACACACACAGAGGCUGGUUCACCGGCUGAAAGCCAGCCAAGUCAGUGAGAUUCUGCAGUUCCUGCAGAAGUUACAACAGAGACAGGCCAUUUCUCUGGUGCUGAGGCUGAGUCACAGGGCAUCGCGGGUCUUUAAAGUGUUCAGAGAUGAUGAAAUAAUCAAGGUGCUGUCUGCACUGAUGACCCUGGGACAGCACCAUGAGGAGCUCCUGCCUGCUAUGGAGAAACACCUGCCAGAGAGACUGAGAAAUUGCGAUCCAGAGCUGAUCAGCACUGUCAUGGAGUACUGCCUGCAAAUGAAGUGCCGCUCUGAGCCACUCUUCGAGGCUGUGGCCGAGAACUUUGUGUGCAGCGCUGAGAGCCACACCACUCCUCAGAUAGCCAAACAAAUCGUCGCCAUGGGGAGGCUCAACUACCUGCCUCAGUGUUCCAGUAAAAUGUUUGAGAAGUUGGAGAGCAUCUUGUCAGCAAGGUUUAGCCAGUUCCCUCCUCGCUUGCUGAUCGAUGUGCUGCACUCCUGCAUCCACCUGGAACGUUUCCCACUCAACUAUAUGUCCAAAAUCUUCAGCUCAUACUUUCUGCAGAAGAUGCAAGAACAAGGUGAGCCCAUCAGCAAGAACACUUUGGGACAGCUGACACAGCUUCAUCUGUCUUCCUCGUUGGAGUGCUCAUACUACUGGGGUCCCAAGCUGCCUUUCUUCCUCCAUGUGAAGAGGUUUUCCUCUGUGGACCAGGCCUUCGAGACACCGAUGGAAACCCUGCUGUACAAACAGGUCAAAUGGCCCCUUGAACAGCUGCUGGGGGGAAGGUUAUACUCCACCAGGGUCUUUACUCACAGAGGGUACACCAUAGAUGUCGAGAUCUGCCUGGACGAGAAUGGAUUAGUUCUGCCUCUAUCGCAGUGGGAACACACACACAAAAGAAUCGCGCUGUGUUUGGACGGUCACAGUCGCUUCUGCAGCAACACUCAGCAUCUGCUGGGGAAGGAAGUCACGAAGAGGAGACACCUGCAGAAGAUGGGCUUUGAAGUGGUGCAGAUUCCUUAUUUUGAAUAUGAAGAGCUGAGAACCCACAAGGAACAAGUCCAAUAUCUUCACAAAAAGAUCUUUCCAACCAUCUCCAAGUUCAGCUGCUGAUCUCAGCCACUUCACCAAAGUG